GCAAAAUCUAAAGAGGGCAGACAGCAGCUGCGAGCUCCACGCAGCAUCCACCAACUAAUUCCAAAGGCAACGUCAAUAGUAGAAUGACGGGGAUCCACCUCGCAGAGGCCGAUCUGUGGGCGGCAACGGUGGGCAACCCCUACGUCGGCAUCCUCUUCGCUUAUCUCGUGUCGAUCAUCGUCCUCGUCACCUUUGUGCUUCGCCGUUCGGUGCGCUUCGACGCUUUCCAGCCAGGCAACAAGGCGCACCUUGCGCUAUGGCGAGUUGCGACGCUCGUCAGCUUCGCAUCCACCUGGUUUUACAUGAUUCGCUACCUCCUCUGGUCCUACGACGCCUUCUUGGAACGCGUCAGGCUCACGGGCGGCCUCGUCACGGCCAUGCCCGAGUGCGUCAUUGGGGGCGAACAGGCCCUCGCUUGCGCCCGACUCCAGGCUACGGCGCUGCUCUUGCGGAUGGGUGACUGGCUGCGAGAUACGAGCCUGUUCAAGGAGGCAUGGCUCUACGUCGUUGCCAACGAGCAGCGGUGGUGGUGGUCUGCAGAAGUGUGCGCCUUCACCGUCGCGCCCUGGGCCCUCUUUCUCUAUGUCGAAGGCAAGCGCAGAUCCAUUCCCCACCUGUGGGCGUACAUGCUCGUCGGUCAGAUGGUGGCCAUCAGCGUGGCUCAGAACCUGUUCCACAUGGCCCUUGCCGCCCGCUCGCUCGAGGUCGACCGCCGCUCAGCUGGACCGGAGGGCUCGCCCUCAAAGGCGUCGCCAAGGGGCAAGAUGGUACCCGCUCGUCUGCUGAGGACCCCGUCGCAGCUGCAGAUGCCUCCUCCCGAGUCGCCGUCCAAGGCCUCACCCUCCAGCACGGCCUCCUCAGCGACGACGACGCUGACAACGACACUGCACACCGUCACCGUCGAGGCACAUCCCAGCAUCGUCUCACGGGCCCUUGUUUCCGCCCUCGCUCUGGCCGGCUGCGCUGCCGUCUGGCUCGUGCCUGACAGCCUCUCGACGCUCCUCGUCAUGCAUUCCUUCCCGCUCCUCAUCGUUGUCCUGCCACCAAUGCUGCGACAGACGGCCCCUUCCAGAUGGGCGAUGCAAGCGACGGCGCCCGCGACGCUCUACUCCAUCUUUGCCAUCUUUGCCCUAGCAUUGCGCAUCAAGGCCACCAUGGCUGUCGCUGGAGGACUUCCCUCGCUUCUCGCCACAUUCGUCUCCCAUCCUGCCCAGAGCUCCAUCUCUUCCGAUGCCGUGUGCAUUACCCUCAGCUCGCCGCUCUUUAUUCUGCUUACUUAUGGACCUUUGCAUCGAACGACGGCCAUCGUCCUCGCUCUUCUGGCGCCCCUCACUGGACCCACCUUUGCCUUUUCGGUCUUCAUGUCUCUCCAGAGCCGCAAAGACGAAGCCAAGGACGAGACGCUGAGACACAUGGCCGUGCUGGCCCAGGAAAAGAGAGGAGAGACGCUCCACCUCGACGAUGAAUUCCGGGUCAAGCAGAAGAUUACGCGGGUGAGCCAUCACAACGAGCCGCAGACGCCCGAAAAGGGCCAAGCAGAAGCAGUCACCGCUGCUGUUGAGGCAGAGGAUGCAGGUUUGCGUUUGCCUUCGAGCCCAGACUCUUUGACUUCUGCCACCGUCUCGGCGACGACCUCGCCUCGUGCUCGCGGACGCGGCCGUGGACGGGGCACCCGUGGCCGCAGUGCUCGCAGCAGCCCACGGCAAGCUUGAAAGGAGCAGAGAUGUCCUUACUUUCUUC